GCGCGUUUGCUCGUGGUGUACUGUGUACAGCCACUGUACUAUCACACACCAGAGGAGAGGAACAUACUAUGACUUACUUUAUUUGAAAUGCAAAGCUACUGAAGACCAGAAUCAAGAUAUUUUUGCAGGAUUUCACUGUGUGAACAUCGCUGUGCUGAAAUGGGUGGCCAGGUAACCCGUACCUCUUUAGACGGAGGAACCAUUCGCUGCCACCCCUUGAAGGUGAACACGUGCCCACAGCUGCCAGCUCCCCCGCCGCUCUGCUUCCAUGCCACCACGAAAGGCUCUCAAAUCGUGAUGGACAAGAUGCAGCGCAGUGUGCGCCGAAUUGCCAGCUUCUGUAAUGCCAUCACCUUCACCAACCGGCCAGUCAGAAUCUAUGAACAGGUUCGGCUCAAGAUCACAAAGAGACAGGGAUCUUGGAAUGGCGCCCUCCGAGUGGGUUUCAGUAUGGUGGAUCCAUCAUAUUUAAGUUCAGCAUGGCUGCCACGGUUCUCCUGCCCAGAUCUAGUUAGCAAAAAGGGAUUUUGGGCCAGAGCGCUUCCUGAGGAUCAUUGUGAAGAAGGAACCAUUCUGUCUUUCUGGUUGGAUAAUACAGGGCGAGUGUUUUACCGGGUUAAUUGCAGCCCUCCAAUCUUCUUCUUCGGUGGUGUACCAGCCAGAGAGCCAGUUUGGGCGAUCAUUGACAUUUACGGGCUGACACGUGGAGUACAGCUACUUGAUAGUACGAUGGUGCCAGCUGAAUAUCUCUGUCCUGCUGUGACUCAUGGAGGCAUGGAUGAGUGGCAUCUGUCAAGCAGCUGCUCUGAGCUUGACCUCCAGGAAGAUCCGGCAUCCUUCUCAAAUUCUCCAAAUGCUCUAAACUCAGUGCUGUCACGUCAGCUCAAUGAUGACUUGCAUUUCCACUGUGUGCAUGGCAACGGUCUGCGUCUGCUGACUGAACACAUAGUGGUCCAUAGGUAUAACAAACGUGAGGAUAGUACUCUGGCGUUCACUCAUCGGCCGUUGCGCUGUGGAGAGUGUGUGUUCCUAAAGGUCUCGUUGAGGUCUUCUGCUCUGAAUGGAUUUUUGUCUUAUGGAUUCACUUCCUGUAACCCAACCCAUAUUAACCCAAAGCACCUGCCGGUCAAUCCAGAUGACCUGAUAGAUCGCACAGAAUACUGGGCUUUUAGCUGCCUGACUUCACCGCUUGUGGGCGGGGAUGUCAUCGGGUUCCGGGCUACUGCGGAAGGGGAAGUGCUUGUGAGUCAGAAUGGAGGCAGGGCCUGGAGAGAGAUAUGUGUGGAUAACUCUGCUCCUCUGUGGAUGAUCUUUCAUUUACAGCCACACAUCAAGCAAAUCAGCAUACUGGGCACUUCCAGUGGUUACUCUCCACCCCGUUCAGAAGUACAGAGGUGCAUCUUUAGCGAUGCCAGUCACCUUUCAGCCAAUCAGAUUACCAGAACAACAGUCAGGGGCUUUACAGACAGCUUUCAGUCCCACCCACAGUGCCUCAGUUCUGCAGGGACAUUCAGUUCGCUGUCCUCAGAAUCUCCCAGUAGCCCAUCAUGCUGUGUGAUUACUGGUGAGGAGUGUUUGAUUUGCUGUGAGAGGGCAGUGGACUCAGUGCUGUAUGCAUGUGGACACAUGUGCACGUGCUCCGUCUGUGGUGGGAAGUUAAUGGAGAUGUCAAGCCCAUCUUGUCCGAUGUGUCGCAGCCCAAUCAAAGACGUUAUCAAAAUAUUCGGCAACAUGUAACCUGGAAACCACCUUUCUGACAAAUAGGAUCACAGUACAUGGAUCAAGCUGAAGAGGCUCCCUUACAGGUCACUGUCUCGUUCCCACAAUUCCAUUUAAAAGACUGCAUGAGCUCAGCAAGGAAGAGGUACUAAAUGACUGCUUAAUGAACUAAAUGUCUGACCAAAAUUUCUGAGAAACCCAGAAGUAACUGCUUAAGUGAAUGGCACAUCCCAGAUACUAUAAAUCUAGUAACUACAUGCAAAACUGUUCACUUGUGUUUUAAAUGUUUGUUCCCACACUUCUUUUCUUUUCAUAUUUACUUGUAUGAACUUGUAUAUGUUCAAUCAGUCCAGAAUCAGAAAACUACACUGCGGAUUUGAUGUGUUGGUAAAUGAAUUUUUAUGCAAAACAUUAAACAGAAAAACUAAAAAAUGUUUUACAUACCAAAGUAGGCAUUCACAAAAUUGUAAGUGCCAAUAACUUUUAUUUAUGUUCGAUGUGGAAUUAAACAAACUGUCAUGCUA